CCCUCGCCGCGCGUCCUCCGCGGUCCGGCCCGCACUGAGGAGGCGGGUCCGCGCCCAGGAUCCUCCGCGGGGCAAGAUGGCCGCGCCGGGAGCGGAAGCAGAGGUGCGACACUGAGCACUCCAUGCUCGCGGGCGCGGGGAGGCUUGGCCUCCCCCUGGGCCGCCCCCUCUGCCUGUUGCUCUGCGCUCUCACCUUAAAGCUCUGCCAGGCCGAGGCUCCCGUGCAGGAGGAGAAGCUGUCAGUGAGCGCCUCAAAUUUGCCAUGUUGGCUGACAGAAGAAUUUGUGGUGGCAGAAGAAUGUUCUCCGUGUUCUGGUUUCCAGACCAAAACUACCCCUGAGUGUGGAACUACAGGGUAUGUGGAGAAAAUCACAUGCAGCUCAUCUAAGAGAAAUGAGUUCAAAAGCUGCCGCUCAGCUCUGAUGGAACAACAUUUAUUCUGGAAAUUCGAAGGGGCUGUUGUGGGUGUGGCCGUGGUCUUUGCUUGCCUUGUCAUCAUUCGUCAGCGACAGCUGGACAGAAAGGCUCUGGAAAAGGUCCGGAAGCAAAUUGAAUCCAUAUAGCUACCUUCUGCCUUUUUAUAUGGGUCUUAGAGACCAUACCUCAGAUAAAGUGGAAUGGACUGACUUAUGCCCCUGGUUCUUUGGGACCUAUAGAGGCACUUCCUCUCUCCCAACUUCUCGUUGAGAUCAUUGAUGAGCAGAAUAAAGAGUAAAAUAGC